GUAUACCCGCGCCGCAACCGGAAUCUACGGCGGUGUCUGCUGCUGGUUCCUGAACCACAACAGGAAUUUUUGCUGGUACUUACCUCAAUGGUUGCUUGGAGAUUGGGCACACGAGAACUUCUAAAAGUGCUUUGUCGAAAGAUGCAUUCUUCUCGGGUUUAUGAGAAAUCGCCGACGUUGACAGCUGUCUCAAGGACUUCACAUUAAAACGAGAAAACAAGAUCACUCUCCUGCACAUCAAAACAAGUCUCACGGUCGCUGCCAUUUUGAAUGAUUACGCAAGACACGUGUGCAUUGGCAUUGCAUGCAGAGCAGAGUACGAGUGCAGUGACUGCAAGUGCGGAAAUUGAGUCUGCUGAAUUUCCCAGUCGACUGUGUAGCUGUAAACUCAACUGUAGCUGUGUUAUAAAAAAGGUAUUUUGACCAUAAUCUACCCUUGUUCCGUGAGUAUGGGUAAAUACACGGUGAGCUCCUGGGCGCCGGCCUGCUUUGCGGGCCUGCGCUCCCUGGGUUACUGUUAACACAGCUCAAGGAUUGGACUACUGGUGUUUGAUUCAGGACAUUAGGAUUCAGGUUGGUGGUACUGCAUACUGCAAGAUCCAAUAUGGCUGCAGAGGAAAGUCAAGAUGGAAAAGGAGAGGAUACCACAUCAAUGUGGCUCUACAAGAGCCUUCCAUCAGAUGUCAAGGAGGAUAAAACAUUGCUGCAGACAACCAGCAACCCCCAGAAGUACAUCACAAGCUUCAUGAAACGACACACCCCCGACAAACGAAGCGCAGAGGUGCAGAAAAUCUUGACCCACAAGGAUGUGAUUAUGGACAGCAUCAAGAGGAAGAAGAAGAAGAAAAGGAAAGGAGGAGGGGGUGUUCCACAGGGGAGAGGAAAGAAAAGACUCAGUUACAGAGAGAAACAAAAACUGAAGCUAUUUGAUAUACCAGAAGACCAACAAAGAUAUGAGCUGUUUGAGCCUCUUCAUCAACUCUGGUUAGAUUACAUGAGAGAAGCAGUGUUAGCCCAUAACCCAGACAUGAAGAAUAAAAACAUGCUGGAAUCAAGACUACUGAAAUGUGAGCUCUAUGGAUGUAUAUUGACUGUCACUCAUUCAAAGUGUCCAGCCUAUGUCGGUAUAUCAGGAAUCCUCAUUCACGAAACCAGAAAUACUUUCAAGGUUAUUACCAAAGAGAACAAAUUGAAAACCAUCCUAAAGAACCAAUGCUGGUUUAUGUUCACCGUUGAUCAGUACGCCAUCACCAUCUACGGCCAGCACUUCUGCCAGAGGAGUAGCAUGAGAGCUUCAAAGAAGUUUAAAGCUAAACCCACUAUCGAGUUAUGACAACACAGAUUGGAGCCCAGACUGUAUCCAAACAUUGAAAUCGGGUAGAAUCCUGCCGUAGAUGGAUAAGCUCUUUCAGAGAUUAUUUGACUGCUCAUGCUGUGAUAGAGAUGAUCAGGUUUUGACAGGAUACUGUGAAGUUAUCAGGUAGAGGGUUUUAAUGUGGAGAGCGACAGAAUACGUGUGACCGUGAAGGAUGAUCAGGCCGCUGUAUGGCCAACCCUCUCCUGAUUGGAUUAUGCACUACAAGUGAUCUGGAAGUUGCAGUGUUAGGCCAGAUCCUGUGCUCCUCACUGAACAGGAAUUAUGGAGGAACAAGAAGGGAACACCUGACAUCUUUAGGAGACUAGUGGACAAUGACAACAGCGAUGGAACACUGGACCUAGAGGAGGUAGUGUGUCUUGAGGUCAAUGGAUGAGUUCCUCCAGUCUAUGAUGACUGCAGCAGUGUUUUUAUACCUCCAGGCCAUAGGGCCUAGCCUUCACCCGCAGUUGGUAGUUUUCUUGAGAUCAGUGGAUGAGUUCCUAUAAGAGCUACUAACUUUAAUGACUGUAGCAGCGUGGUCUUCUAGAAACAGCUACUUAUGAGAACAGAGAUACUGUUCCUGAGUUGAUCAGUCAAAUCGGGUAGAAAUUCUCUGGAUUCUGUAAAGAUGGGUGUCUCAUCCCUGAUAUGUUAAUGUUUGUACUUUAUCAAUAUAGAGAAUCCCACCGCUGCCACCCUGUUUUCAUUAUUUUAUCUAAUUUCAUGAAUAUUCAGUGAAACCUCUCUAUACAUUGAGAUAAAAACUGAAACAUUUUUAUUGUAAGACCACUGAAGGAAGACAAGAAGAUUGGUCUAUGUAGACUCUUAUGAGUCAAAGGAAAUGAUCUACAUAGUAGCUGGUCUUUAUGAGCAGGUCCCUUUAACACGUGCCGAAGACAAAGCGAUAUUUAAGUGAAACAAACAUGCAGCCUUUUUAGACAGAUGACCAUUUAUAUAGACACCGAUGGUUCAUAUGGUUGAUAAAACAGGUAAUUAUGUAGUAAAUUUUCAUUUUCAUUUCAUUUAUUUAUCAUUUUUAACUAUGAAACAAGAUAGUUGUUAAUACUAAAUAGGUUCAUUAUUUUGGACUGAAAUAAUCGCUAGAGGGUAUUCAUCUGUCUCGCAAUCUACUAUGGUCACUUGAUAAAGAGUUGCAGAGGCACUCGAAAGCUCGUGAACUUGUAAGCUAGUGAACACUUUUUGCGAGAGUGCUCACGAAUUUCCUUGUUGACCAUAGUAGAUUGCGAGACAAAUGAAUAACCUCUAGCGAUUAAGAUAGUUGUUCACACCAAGGGGAGGUGCAUAUGGUGAUUUUACAAUUAAAGAAAAUUACCAGUUGUGGUAACGAUCUCAAAAUGAGUUUGAACAGAAUCCAAUGAAAUUACCACCCAAGUGUUUGUAUGUAUUAAUGAAAAAUAUGUGCCAAAUGACUCUUUGAAGAAAUGUGUCAUUGCUGAGAAAUUAACACAAAAUGAGCACAGAAUUCCAUAAAAUGUCUGGUAUUUUUCCAAGUAAUAUUAAUACACUGUCCCACAUAUGGCUUUUUGUGUCAGUGAUCAUCAGAAUUAUGGGUUUUUUGCUACAAUUCACAAAGAUAAGUUCAUUUCAAUGUACCAGAUCUAAAUCUAUGAUAAUAUUGUGGCAAUUAACCUUGAUUUUAAAGACUUUUUAAUGAAAUAAUUGUUUGCUGGAACUACCGUAUUUUACCUUUAAUGUCUUUUGUGAUAGAUUAUACGAUAGUGAUCCUAAAAUACAUGUUAAGGGAAGUAGACCAUUCAGGAAAGACAGCAUUAUUUAUAAGGAUAUUGUCAUUAUAGACCGAUGUUUAUCAUAGUAUAAUUAUAUCAGUCGAGUCAGAUAUUACAUGUCCAUGUCUUUGGUAGGGCGACAUGAAGAAUAUCAGCUAAAAACACAAUUUGCCUACAAAAGGUCAAGAAAUAGCCCAUCAGCAAAUUAGCCUCUGUAUAUUGCCACUGGGUUCAAUUCAAAAUUUCAUUGAGAAUGAUUUCUAGUGUACAAUAACCCCCAACUCUCUCAGUCCAUACCAUCUUUAUAUAGAUGGAAGUUGGUAAUGCUAUAUCUUUCUCAACUAUCAACAAUGACAUGACAUUCACAAAUUGAUAAAGUAUGGGAUGUUAAAGAAAUAACAUUUGCAGUUCAGAUAUUUAGAGUCGAUGACAAGAGGUACAAAUGAAAGGAACUGCCUCAUAAAAGUCAUUUUCAAUGUCUCGCAUAAAAAGCUGUAUAUCUAACAUGUUGGUUUGCAAUCAGUAAAAUAUGCAAUAUGUUUUGACCCCUAGAUAACCUUUGAUCCCAUCAUCAUGUGGCCUUACCCAAGGAUCAUUUGUAUCAAGAGUGAACACAUUGAUGCAGAAAUAAAGAAAAACAAAUGAGAGCAAGAUAAACAAACACUUUAAGAAAAAUUAUGUACAUGGCCUCCUGUCAUUUGAUCUUUUGACCCCAUUAUUCUCAUGAACACACAUUAAGAAAAAAAUGAGAGCAAGUUGAACAAAACCUUUAACAUUUUUGUAACUGUAACAGACGGACUGACCAACAGUCUGAAAGGAGAAGUAAUUACUAGGUCUCUGCUGAUCCCUGUUCAGGUGAGACAAAAAAUGGGUAUACUAUUGGUGGCAGCGGUGGGAUGUUUUAUGUGUAUUCUUUUGUUUCAUGUAGCAUUGGACAUUUCAGAUACAUAGGACAAGACGUCGGUAGCCAUUUGACGAUACAGCCAAAUCUUUACAUUUUUUUUGUUCCUCUGCCUAAUUCCUCUCUAUUUCCAUUUUGUUUCUGUAUGAAGAUAUGUAUCCAAUUGCAAGGAAUGACAAUGACUGUUCUAUACAUACAAUGUAGUAUACUUCAUUUAGGUUAAAUUUGAAGCAUUUAUGGCUCGUGUAGAUUAAGAUUUAUGUGUGCAAUGUGUUAUUCAAAAUGAAUGAGUGAACAAAUUGAUUAUGAUCUUUAUUAAGCACUUUUGGAUAUAGUUACAUUAUCUUAUCCAAACAUUCUUUGGUUUCAAGUGAAUCACUAAAGUUUUUGUUAUAAAGGUUUGAAUAAUUUAACUAUUAUAUAGGGGGGGUAAUACAGUGACAUUCAUUCUUUUAAAUUUCUCAUUUGAUAGAGACUUGUACUAUAAAGUAGAAAAGAAAAAAUGUUUAAAAUAAAAUCAACUUGCCCAAAGUAGAUGUUAGAGUGGGAAGCAUUCUGGGAUAAGUAAAUUUAAAGAGCUAUAUCAGACAUGAAUUCAAGGACAGUGGGCCUGUUUACUCACCCCCCCCCCCCCCUGUUUGAGGGGCAAACUGUACCCCUCUAUUUUGUAGGUACUUUAGCCCCUUUAGUGCACCUACUCGAUCAAAUCCCAGUUCAGUAUGUGGCCUAUAUUGUAAGUAAAAGCUUAUCUAGCUAAAUCAUAAAAUCUAGAAAUAAUUGUAUGAAAAUUUUUACUUGACUAGAGUGGGGUCCAUUAUUUGCAUGAUUUGCAAAUUUACUUAUGUGAUUAUGUAGCAUAAUGGUUGAAAUUUUUUACACCCGUAUACGGUUGUUGUUUACUUAAUGUUUUAUCACGUUAUGUGCCCAAGUACAUUAUAUUUGUUUAGUUAUAUGCAUACUAUUUAUGGAUAUACCUGGCUCUGAUCGAGAAUAAAGGACCCUAUGCUAGGGGAAAAGUAAAGAACCAAA